AUGGCUCCACCAGUUCCAGUAUAUACUUCAGAUGAAAUAAAACUACAGUAUGAAGAGCAACUACAUAAUCCGCAAAAAUACCAAUGUCACUUAAAAUCAAUUACACAACAUGAAUGUACUUUUAAACCCUCCACCUAUAAAUCAUCACCAGAAAUAAUAUGUUUACCUUUUAAAAGGAUAUUCCAAAGGUGUCUUGUGCCCACAACACAAAUUGUGAACGGUAAGAAACAACGAAUAGAAAGGUGGCAAAACAUUGAAAUUACUGAUGAACAUGGUAAUCGAGAUUUGAUGGAUCCUGAAUCAAAAUAUUAUAAACACGUUAAAGAAUUUUUAAGUGCUGAGAAAGAGUUCAGGGAAUUAACGGAAACUGAGUAUAGCGAAUCAACAUGA